CAGUGCCGGCGUGCGGAGCCAUGGCGGAGGAGGAUCCGGCAGCGGCGGCGGCCGGGAGCGGCAGCGACAGCGAGGAGGGGGAGGAUGGCGAGCGGCGGCACCGGCGGCUCCUGGAGGCGAUCAGCGCCCUGUCCGGACGGAAGCGGCGGAAGCUGGCGGAGCGCUCGGAGGCGAGCGGGCAGGUGUCCGAGUUCAACGUUACCUGCAAAGGUGCUGGGGAAAAGCUGGUUCUGUCGGAGCUGCUGCAGCCCAUCCAUCCCAAUUCCACGCUGGGCAGCGUGAGGAAGGAGCUGGUCAGAGUGAAGCGGAAGGCGGCGGUGGAGCUGCCGCUGAGCAAAGAGGAGGCCAAGAGGGUGGUGAGGGAGGCCGCCUAUGUCACCACCUCGAAGGACGUGGGCAAGUGGCAGCAGGUGGUGCUGCAGAACCGGCGUGCGGAGCAGCUGGUGUUCCCCCUGCGGCAGGACAUCGCCACCGUCACCCCUCUGGAGAGAGUCACCUCGGCAUGGAAGGCACGAACUCCACUGGAGCAGGAGAUCUUUGGAUUGCUCCACAAGACACAGCAGCCUGUCACAGAUCCGCUGCUGACACCGGAGGAGAUGGCGUCACUGCAGGCCAUGAGUUUGGAGGAGGCGCAGCGCCGGCGUGCGGAGCUGCAGAAGGCGCGGGCAGUGCAGUCCUACUACGAGGCCAAGGCUCGGCGAACGAAGCGGAUCAAGAGCAAGAAGUACCACCGCGUGCUCAAGAAGAGCCGCAGGCGCCAGGCCCUGAAGGAGUUUGAGCAGCUGCACAAAUCGGACCCUGCGGCCGCCUUGGCACGGCUGGAGGAGCUGGAGCAGCUCAGGAUGCAGGAGCGGAUGAGCCUCAAGCACCAGAACAAGGGAAAAUGGGCCCGAUCCAGGGCCAUUAUGGCUAAGUAUGACCUCGAGGCCCGCAAGGCCAUGCAGGAGCAGCUGGCCAGGAACAAGGAGCUGAUGCAGAAGGUGCGGGUGGAGCCGCCCGAGGAGGAGCUGUGUGAGGUGCCCGAGGAGGACAGCACGGCCCUGCCCGUGGCCAGCGGGGCCAGCGGGGCUAACCCCUGGAUGCUGGGCAAGCCCAGUGGCCCAGCCCCAGAGCCUGAGGCACAGGAGGGUCCAAGAGGUGACACAGUGCCUGGUGCCACGGAGAACAAGGAGGAGGAGGAGGAGGAGGAGCUGUCGGAGGAAGAAGCUCUGCUGCAGGACUUUGAGCAGAAGCGACGGGAGCGGACAGGGAGCCCCGAGGGGCUUGGUGAGGAGCAUGGUGCUGAUGAGGCUGAGGCUGGUGCCAAGCAGCUGGGGGACAACCCAGUGCCCCCAGCCUGUGCUGAGGAACUGGGGGACAGCCCAGUGCCCCCAGCCCGUGCUGAGGAACUGGGGGACAGCCCAGUGUCCCCAGCCUGUGCUGAGGAACUGGGGGACAGCCCAGUGCCCCCAGCCCGUGCUGAGGAACUGGGGGACAGCCCAGUGUCCCCAGCCUGUGCUGAGGAGCUGGGGGACAGCCCAGUGUCCCCAGCCUGUGCUGAGGAGCUGGGGGACAGCCCAGUGUCCCCAGCCUGUGCUGAGGAGCUGGUGAGCACAGGGCUGGAGCCACCCCCACAGGCCCAGGAGCAGCUCCUGCUCUCGGAGCAGCUGCGCCGUGUGCAGACCAUGGAGGAUGUGGAGAGUCUGGCCAAGGAGGAGCUUGUGGAGAGCUCCUUGGAGCAGGAGAAGCUGGUAGCCCCGAGAGCAGGGAAGCAAGCACAGCAGCAGGAGGAAGGCAGAGCUGGGGGCAGACAUACCAAGAAAACACCAGCCAAGAGGAAGAUGAUCAGCCUGGAGGCUUUGCUGGAUGGGAAGCCCCAGGAGAUGGAUUGCCCCAGCCUGCCUGUGGUCCUGGAGGAGGAGGAGGGUGGUGUGGAGCAGCGUGGGAUGAUCAUGGAGGCCUUUGCUGGGGAUGAUGUGGUUGCUGACUUCCGCCGGGAGAAGCGCAAGGCAGAGGAGGAGGUGAAGCCGCAGCCGGUGAACCUGGUGCUGCCGGGCUGGGGCGAGUGGGGCGGCACGGGGCUCAAACCCAGCGCCAGGAAGGUCAAGAGGUUCCUGAUCAAGCCGCCGCCGGCACCUCCGCGGAAGGACCAGUUCAUGCCCCACGUCAUCAUGAGCGAGAAACGCAACAUCCACGCGGCAGCGCAUCAGGUCAGCGAGCUGCCCUUCCCCUUCGAGCGGCACCAGCAGUUUGAGCGGAGCAUGAGGACGCCCGUGGGCCCCACGUGGAACACUCAGCGCGCCUUCCAGAAGCUGACAGCCCCUCGAGUCAUCACCCGCACCGGCCACAUCAUCCAGCCCAUCUCAGCUGAGGAUGUCCCUGACACGGCCCCUGGCAGCGGGACCAGGCUCAGGGAGGAGGCUGUACCAGGGAAGAAGNCUGUACCAGGGAAGAAGACUGUACCAGGGAAGAAGGCUGUGCCAGGGAAGAAGGCUGUGCCUCAGGAGAAGGCACAGCACCGCAGAGCACGGUAGCUCUGUGUCUGCAGAGAGACCUCUGUCUGUCUGUGGGGGCUCGAACUGGAACAAGCAGAAGAACCAGGAGCAGCCCCUGGUUCUUUCCAGUGCCUUCUACCUCUUUCUCUGCAAUAAAACCUAAGGCUGCCCCUCCU